AUGGCCACAAAAAGAGCUCAGGCCGGACUUGCCAACGCUGCCAAGACGACUUUCGGAGACGAGGAAUUGAAACAACAUGUUUAUCGAAAGUGUCUGCAAGCGUUGAUCUAUCCGAUCAGUUGUACCACUCCGCAUAACUUCCAAACAACAAACUUCCAAACACCCACUUGGUGCUACGAAUGUGAAGGGCUGUUGUGGGGACUGGCUAGGCAAGGACUGCGCUGUACUGAAUGUGGUGUGAAGGUCCAUGAAAAAUGUCGUGAACUGCUCAGCGCUGAUUGCUUACAAAGAGCUGCCGAGAAAAGUUCGAAACAUGGUGAGGGCGAGCGAAUACAAUCGUUGGUGGCAGUUAUACGUGAUCGUAUGAAGAUUCAAGAAAAGAACAAACCGGAAAUCUUCGAGACAAUACGUAACACAUUCAAUGUUGAUGAACGGGUACAACAAGAGACUUUGAAGCAGAUCAAGACGAGUAUUCUGGAAGGGAGCAGUAAAUGGAGUGCAAAGAUCACCCUGACUGUUAUCUGCGCACAAGGACUGAUUGCUAAGGAUAAAACCGGUAAAAGUGAUCCAUACGUUACAGCACAGGUUGGUAAAGUGAAAAGGCGAACGCGAACGAUACAUCAAGAGCUGAAUCCAGUAUGGAAUGAGAAGUUUUUCUUCGAAUGCCACAACUCCACGGAUCGCAUAAAAGUUCGUGUAUGGGACGAGGACAAUGAUCUGAAAUCGAAGUUGCGACAGAAAUUGACGAGAGAAAGUGAUGAUUUCCUUGGUCAGACGGUAAUCGAGGUCCGAACCCUAUCGGGAGAGAUGGACGUAUGGUACAAUCUGGAAAAACGUACCGACAAGUCGGCUGUUUCGGGAGCGAUUCGGUUGCAUAUUUCGGUUGAAAUCAAGGGAGAAGAGAAACUUGCCUCGUAUCAUGUACAGUAUACAUGCUUACAUGAACAUCUUUUUCAGGCAAUGUGUAUCGAGAAUGAUGAGAUUCGGUUACCGGAUGCGAAAGGAGAAGAUAGUUGGAAGAUCUACUUUGAUGAUGUCGGACAGGAAAUUGUUGAAGAAUUUGCUAUGCGUUACGGUAUUGAGAGUAUAUAUCAGGCGAUGACACACUUUGCCUGCCUCUGCACAAGGUACAUGUGCGUUGGAGUGCCAGCCGUGCUUUCUACUUUGCUUGCCAAUAUAAAUGCCUUCUAUGCACACACUACGGCUACUUCGGCAGUAUCAGCUUCGGACCGAUUCGCAGCGUCGAAUUUCGGAAAGGAGCGUUUUGUGAAACUGCUGGAUCAACUUCAUAAUAGCCUUCGAAUAGAUCUUAGUAUGUAUAGGGUAAGUUAA